UAACUACGCACAUCUCGGUGAAAACUUGACAUCAGCCUAAAGUCGCGGAAGUGAAACCAUGGCAACACAAGAAGUCUCACCCUUGACCCGAAGCUCGAGCUAUGAGUUCAUUCCACCAAACAUGUCUGAGCUGAGGGUAGUUCUUCUGGGGAACUCCUGCAGACAGAGGUGUUUGGUGGAGAGUCUCUUAGUUAGAAAAGACAUGUUCAAUUAUACGAGAGAGUUACAACGCUCAACAAAAGUCACUGCUCCAGCGGGGAACAAAAAAAUAACAGUCAUCAACACACCAGACCUUCUCCACCGCGACUUCACUGAAGAGGAGCUGAAACAAAACAUACAAGAGUUUGCAGAUGCCUCAGACCCUGGGCCCCAUGUGCUCCUGCUGGUCCUUCAGCCUGAAGACUUCACCUCACAGCAGCAGGAGAGGUUCCAGAAAGUGCUAGAGACGUUCAGUGAAAACUCGUUUGAACAUUCGAUGGUGCUCAUCUCCACAGACAGAGAAGAAAGGAGCAUGUGCACAAAUAACUCACCCUCAGGAAAAAUGAUCAGGAAAUGCAGAUACAGGUUUAUGUUGAUAAAGAACUUUACUGAUGAGGAAGAAGAAGUUAAGAACUUUAAACUUGCAGAGCUGUUUUCACGACUGGGCCAGAUUGUCAAAGAGAAUAAGGGCUAUCAUUUGAUUUAUGAAGUAUUUGAAGAUCCCUCUGCUCCUCUUCACACCACGGAACAAGAGGCAAAAGGCAGAAUUAUGGUAAAGGUUCAGAAAGCUGGACUGACAGGACAGGACCCAACAAAAAGCAAAGUCCCAGAAACAAGCCACGAUAGUAAUUUGGAUCUUCGUAUUCUCCUGCUUGGAAAAAGUGAUAACAAAAAGAAAGUUUUAAGUCAGUUUAUCACUGGAGCCAAGUCAAAUAAGAGUAGUCCAAAAGUUGAGUAUGGGGAAUGGAGAGGAAAGCGACUCACUGUAGUGAAAACUGCAGACCUCUUCAGUUUGUCUGUGGAACAAGUGAGACAAGAAAUAAAGUCAUGUGUGUCUCAGUGUCGUCCAGGACCAAAUGUUCUACUGCUGCUGGUGAAGCCCUCAGACUUCACUGAAAAAAACAGACAAACACUCAAGUUCAUCCUGACAAUGUUGGGGCCAAAUGCUUUUAAACACUCCAUUCUCAUCUUUACACAUCUUGAGCAGCUGACUGAGGCUGCUAACUUACUUCUUGAGGAUUGUAACUUAAGAUUCUAUCAAAUGAAUGAUAAAAACCUCCAAGGUUUGAUGGAGGUAAUUGAGAACAUGGUCCAAAGUAACAAAGGAUCCUGUGUUACUCAUGACUUCACCGAAGAAAUAAAAAUAUCCCUAAAUAUAGUUCUUUUUGGGAGGAAAGAUGCAGGGAAGACUUCUGUAGCAGAUGUGAUUUUAGGACAGAAAACAUCUGAAGAGAAGAGCUCAUCUGAAUGCAUCAAACGUCAGGGAGAGCUGCCUGGACUGUGUCUGUCCAUAGUGGAGAUGCCGUCUCUCUGUGUUAGUUCUGCUCAGACAUUGAUGGAGCAGUGCUUUAACAGCAUUACUCUGUGUGAUCCUGAUGGUGUCCAUGCCUUUGUCCUGGUUCUACCUUUGAACCCUCUCACUGAUGAAGACAAGGCAGAGUUUAAGAUCCUUAAGAACAUUCUGGGACCUCGUGUAGAUGCCUUCACCAUAGUUCUCUUCACUGUGGAGUCAGAUCCUUCAGCUCCAGCUUACACUGACUUUGUGAGUCAGAACAAAGACCUGAAGGAGCUGUGCCAAAGCUGUGGUGGAAGAAAUCUCAUUUUGAACAUUAAAGACCAGCAGCAAGUCCCCCAAAUCUUAAAUAAAGUGCAAACUUUAACAAAGGACAGGAAUGUGCCCCAAAGUUACACCAAACUAAUGUUUGUGCAGACACAAAUAGAGACGAUCACAGCUCUACAGAGCAACUCCCCUUCAACAGGAACAAGACCAGUCCCAGGGGGCACACAGCCUGCAGAGAGUCUGAGGAUUGUGCUGAUAGGAAAGACGGGCAGUGGAAAGAGCUCCUCUGGAAAUGCCAUCCUGGGACGAGAAGAGUUCAAAUCUGACUUAUGCCAAACGUCUGUGACCAAACUGUGUCAGAAAGAACAGGGGCAGGUGGAGGGUCGUCGUGUGGAGGUGCUGGACACUCCCGGCCUGUUCGACAGCACCAUGUCUAAUCAAGAGGUCAAUGAGGAAAUGCUCAAAUGCAUCAGUCUCUUGGCUCCAGGGCCACACAUCUUUCUGUUGGUGCUGCAAAUCGGAAGAUUCACACCUGAGGAGAAAGAAACUCUGAAUUUGAUCAAGAAAGCAUUUGGCAAAGAUGCAGAAAAGUUCACAAUAGUUCUGUUCACACAUGGAGAUUACUUGAAAAAAACUGGACUUUCGUUAGAAGAUUAUAUUAAAAGUAAAUGUCAUGAUUCUUGUAAGAAGUUGAUCUCUGACUGUGGGAACAGGUGCCAUGUGUUUAAUAAUUGGGAAGAAAACGCAGAAAGAAAAUCAGCCCAAGUGAGAGACCUGAUAAAGAAGAUUGAUGAUGUGGUGAGAGCAAACGGUGGGGACUGUUAUACAAAUGAAAUGCUCCAGGAGGCUGAGGCAGCCAUUCAGAAAGAGAAAGAGAGACUGCUACUGGAAAAUGAAGAGAUGAAAAGAAAGAUGGAAGAAAUGGAGGAGAAAAAUAAACAGGAAAUGCAAGAAAUCCAACAAAAAAUGGAAGAACAGAGAGAUAAAAUUAAAAAAGAAAGAGACGAUGAACUCAAAGCACUGAAGGCAAAUAUAAACAAACAACGUACUCUCAGAGCAAAAGAGCAGAACCAGAGAAAGGAAGAAGACCGGCAGAGGAAAGAGCAAGACAGAGUCAGGAGACAGGAGUAUGAACAGAAGUAUCAGGAGUUAGAGGUGGAAUAUAAAAAGAAUUUUGACAAAAAACUGCAAGAAAGACAAGAUCAUAUGGAAAAGGAGCGUGAGGCCUGGGAAGAGGAGAGAAAACAAUGGUGGGACAAUCGACAUAAACAGGAUGAAAUAAGACGAGAGGAAGAGCACACAAGACUGGAGAAACUAGAGCAGGAAUACAAGGACAAAAUGGAAACAUACAGAAUUAAGAAAGAAGAAGAAGACCAAAACAGACGCAAGCAAGAGGUGACGCAGAGGAAGAAGUUACAGGAAAAACAUGACAAACAAAUGAAGGCGAUCAGGAAGAAGUACGAAGAAGAGGCCCGCAAGAAGGCAGAAGAGUUCAACGACUUUAGACAGAAGGAGGCAGACUUUGUGGCUCAGAGAGACAAACACUUGCAGAAAAUUACUGAUCUCGAGGCAAAGAUUGAACAAGAGCAAGAUAAAUAUAAAAGUAGAAUGGAACAGCUGAAGGAACAGCUCAAGAAACACAAGAACAACAAAAUCAGAAACCAGAAACAUAAAGAACUGAUGAAAAGUAAGAAAGACAUUGAGGAGAAGUUUAAACAAAAAGAGGAAGAAAUGAAAGAACAGCUCAAAAGACACAAGAACGAGAUGAUUGAUCUGAACAGUAAGGUUUCAGAGGAGAGGAAGGAACACAGCAAAAAAAUCAAGGAUGUCCAGAAAAAACAUGAACAAGAACUGAUGAAAUGUCAGAAAGAAAUUGAGGAGAAGUUUAAACAAAAAGAGGAAAAAGAAAUUAAUAGGUUGAAGGAAAAAACAGAGGAACUGGAGCAAAAGCAUGCAGAAGAAAUCAAUACACUUAAACAGAUGCUCUUAAGAAAGCUCGAGGAAGAGCAAAAUAAACUAAUCGAGGAGCUGGAGAAGAAACACAAGCAUGAGAUGGAGGAGUUAGCCAAGAAAGCUGAAGAGAGUGCAAAGGAAGAGCACCAGCAGGAAACAAAUGAUAUAAAGAAAAAGAUCUGCUCCAUUUCAUAAUGUGAUUUAUUACAUUAUGUGUCCUUUUGUAUUAAAUAUUAUUAUUCCUUUUUGCCACACUUGUCUUGCAAUGUUAUUGUGUUGUUAAAGCUCAUUAUUCCAGUAGAAUUGUAAAUAUUGCCCAUUUGCUGGUGUCAUACAAUUUUCACUUUACAUAUCAUGCACAACCUGGAGUUGUAUUUUAACUUUGUUCACCAUGUUUU